GCAUUGAAGAAGAACCCAAACCCACAACAACACAAAGAAUCGAGAGAGAAAGAGAGAGAGAGUCACAGGGAAGCCAACCAUCUUUCUUUCUCUAUAAAUAUUCAAUCCAACUGUCGGUUUUCAAAACAAUUCUCUCUUGAUGGCGUCUCAAGCCAGCCUUCUUCUUCAAAAACAGCUCAAAGAUCUUUGCAAAAACCCUGUCGAUGGAUUUUCUGCUGGUUUGGUCGAUGAAAACAAUAUUUUUGAAUGGAGUGUCACCGUAAUUGGUCCCCCUGAUACUCUCUAUGAGGGAGGUUUUUUCAAUGCCAUCAUGAGUUUUCCUUCCAAUUACCCAAAUAGUCCACCAACAGUGAAAUUUACUUCAGAGAUAUGGCAUCCUAAUGUAUACACUGAUGGCCGGGUUUGCAUAUCAAUCCUGCAUCCUCCUGGUGACGAUCCUAAUGGUUAUGAGCUAGCAAGUGAGCGCUGGACACCUGUUCAUACCGUAGAGAGUAUAGUAUUGAGUAUAAUAUCAAUGCUUUCCAGUCCUAAUGACGAAUCUCCUGCAAAUGUUGAAGCAGCAAAAAUGUGGAGAGAUAAUAGAGAUGAAUUCCGGAAGAAGGUUGGCCGAUGUGUAAGGAAGUCACAAGAAAUGUUGUGAUUGCCUGCAUAUCACGGUGCUUUUGUGAACCAGAGGAAUAUACAACUUACCUUAAUGAAUUGGUUCACUCUUUGCUUUUUGAUCUGUGUAAGCAUGGCUUUUUGGUAGUUGGCCACUGCACCUCUAUUUUCUUCAGUUCCAUAUGUUAGGAAUUGGAAACAAAAACUGUAUUCUAAGUGCUUUGGCUGGUGGUUUGACAUUGGAAAUUUACUUUGUUCAUUUGCAUAACCUUUUUUUAUUUAAAUUUUAUGAGUUUAAA